GCUACGCUCAUACCCUGCCCGUCCGCGAGGGAGAGAGAGAGAGAGGGGAGCGAAGGAGGCGGCGACCGGCGGCCAUGGAGGAGGCGCUGAUCCCCGACGACCGCACCUGGUACCGGUUCCUCCCCAUCCUCGCUUGGAUCGUCGCUGACGCUGAGGAGGCCGGCCACACGCUCGAGCAUGGGGCGGAUGAGCUCGAGCGCGCCGCCGCGGAGGCGAACCGCAUCGCCGACCUGGCCCACGGGGGCUCCGACCGGGCGGUCCUGGUCCUCCUCCGCCGCGACGUCCACCGCGUCCUCAACCUCGAGCGCGACCGGGUCGCUGACCUCCGCCGCGAGGCGCCCGACCUCGCCGCCGCCGCCGAUCCGGGGCCCCCCUAUCGCCCGAACUCUGGCCCUCUGGUCAACGUCGGCCGCGGACUCGAGCUUCUUCUGGGCACCGAGCCUUCUGAGGAGGCGAUACACUCCUCUCUGCGCUGGGAGGACAAUCGUCACGUCUGGUAUCCGGAGUGGCUCGUCGGCGUGAGGAGGGAGGUGAGGCACGCGCUCCGCAGGCUGAACCGCGCGCGGGCCGAGCUAGAGCAUGUUCCCCUUGCAGUGGCCGAUUUUCUUGCGGUGGCUACUUCGCCGGAGGGAGCUGCCACCGCCGUCGAGGCAUGUGAGGCGAACGCCGAUGGGUAUGCCACCGAGGCUCAGCACGCCCGUCGGGCCGUGGCGAAUCUGGACAACGUCCUCAACAUCCUGCAAGGGCGGGAUGACAUUCUUCAUGUUCCACCACCGGGCCGCGUCAGAUACUUCUUCGGCUACGCCGACAACGCAGCCGGAGACGACGCCGCAGCCGGAGACUGACCGCCUGCUGCUAUGCUUCGUCCGCUCGAUCUUUUUGACACGAUAACUACAAAUUUCUAAACCUUGAUGUGAUUGGCAUUGACUUGCAUAGCCAUCCGAAGCUGCCGUGGAGUUAAUUUUCGUCCGGCAUGCAUAUUGAUAAUAUCUACAGAACAGUUUUAGUGAGAUAGAUAGAGUUGCUUGAUAGACACUGUGACAUUGUUGGAGAAGUUGCGGUUGCUCGCUAUGCGAGAGGAGAACUUGAUAGAUUCGAUUGCACCGGUGAGUGUCAUGGUUAGAUGUUGAUUGUCAUCUUCAGUUCUGCUGAGAUGACUGGGAUUGUUAGCUAUAGGUUGGGUUGCGUGUUGCCCCGCUAUGCAUUCAUGUGUUGGUGAGACAAAAGUCUGCACUCUGCAGCAUACAUGGUUUGGUUAAUUGCGUCGAUCGUUAGCUAUGUGAUUGUUGUGAAAUGGUUGGACCGUCUAUCUUGUUAAAAGCAUAUCCAUCUGCAGGUCUGAUGAUAGCCAGCGUUGAUUAUAUGCUUAUAUCGAUCCGUGCCUCAAUUUGUUCUGUAAAAGACAACAGUAGUUUAUUUUGCACUGCUAGAUGAAACUACUCAUGGCUAGGAAAAAUCUGGAGAGGGAUGUCCAACCAAUUGUGUGUUGCGUUCUAAACUCAUGAUUAUUGGUUAGGUUGUCUUGGUUAUAUGGUACAUUGGCUCAAUGUACGCAUGUGUUUUCUGUAGUACAUGGAAAUUGAUUAGGCAGAUCAUCUUUUGCAGCCUCAAACAUGCAUAUGAACCAUAGUUUUAAACAGCAAACUAUGCUAAAUAGCACCAGUCCGACAAAUCAGCUAUAGUGAGGGUAUGACAGGGCUAUAACCAGCUAAUUCACAACUUCACUGAAAAUUGUACAUGAAUACCAUCUAGCGGCACCAUGCUCGAACCGUUGUAAGGGGCUAUAGAGGAGCUAUAGCCAGGAGCUAUUCAAAACUUUGAUA